AUGUUUGAUAACUUGACAGUUUCCAUUGGGAAAGUACCUAAAAUUGCUGCUUGCAAAGCGGCGGCGGCCAGUAGCUGCAGCGGUUCGUCAUCGUCUGGUCAUAAAUCAGCGUCGUCUCCGUCCACAUCCAAAAAUAAAUACUCGGGUGGUGGAAAUCCAGUGCACCCCAGAGAGAUUCCGGUAUGGCAGAAAGAGAUCACGUGCUUUUUCCAGGCGAAAAACGACGAAUUACCACUGCCGCGGCCGUCUGCCAACGACGAGAACGAGGACGAUGCUGUCGUCGAAAUACCACUGCAAGAUAUGAUGCAGGCAGGAUCAUCGAAAAUGUAGUAYCUACACAACUGCAGGACGUUUUUAACUUUAAAAUUUCGAAUUUCUUAUUAGAACCAAACUAGAAUUCAUGUAUGGCAAAGAUUUUGUACCAUAUCGCGUAGUAAUAGUUUAAAGUGAGUUCUCAAGAUGUAUUUAUUUUUCAAUCGCAUUUUUUUUACUAUAUGUGUCUAACCAUUUUUAUGUAUUGGUACAAUACUAUUUUAUUCUCGUUUUUUUCUGUUUAGUCAUACGUAUCGUAUUCAUAAUAUAUUUUAUAAGCCAAUGUGUACCCAAUACGACGAAAAACAAUACUAUUUAUUAUUUAAAUUUAUUUUUCAAUAUUGGAU